AUGGCUUCGCUCGCUCUCUACCCAAGAAGCGCCUACGCCGAGGAGCUCCAACACGUACGACCUUCUUCAAGCACCCAACCUUCAAUCAUGUCUCACACCAUGCUGCAGCACACGCGCAAGCCCAUCUACGACACUCCCCUCUCAGCCACUCCCUCCCCCGCCGCCAUCCACGCGACCACCCUCAACCCCGAGCCCGUCACUCCCCCGGUCCGCGACAACCAACCCCAAUCCACAAAAGUGACUGCCGAGACCGUCGCCGCCCGCGUCCUCGGCCAACCCGCCUCUCCCACACCCACCCAGCGCCUCGCUGAGCAAGUCAAGCGCGCCCGCGUCUUCCUGCACGCCCAGGCCGUCAAAGCCGAAGACAACAUCGACGCCGGCCUCACCCGCGCCCUCAACCUCGAGCACUCCUUCAUCUCCACAUUGCAAUCCCUCGCUCCNCCCAGAGAAAGCGGUGAACGUCUUUUGCCUGGUGGAGUCUACGUGUUGGUGGCUGCAAUGGCCGGCAGCAUCGUUGCCCGCAACCGCAACAUUUUGCUGCGCGGUAUCGUGCCCGUGGCUACUGGUGUGGGUGCCUCGUAUGCUGUUUUGCCCAUCACCACCCGUAAUGUCGGUGAUUUGGUCUGGAAGUACGAGGAAAAGUACCCCGUUAUCCGUGACAACCAUAUCCGCGUCCGCGACGGCGUUUCGCACUUUGUCGAGACUGGAAAGGCGCACUCGCAGAUGGGUUACUACCAGGCUGUCGACAAGGUUCAGGGCGUGCGUGAGGCCGUCGAGGAGUGGGUCAGAAAGGGCAAAUAA